UUUUGUUUUGCUCUACUGGUGAAAAAGUGUUCUGUACACAGUCGCUGUUUCUAGAGGUCAUUUAGUUUUUCUUUGGACGUUUAACUUUUUUUGUACUCGGAGGGACAAAAUCUAUGAUGCAUUUGUUUUGGGAUAUUUCAAUUACCGAGUUUAACUGAACUCCACAUUCGCCUUUAUUUAACUUCACCCCCCGCCCCCCCCCCCCCGCUCCUCUCCUCUCCUUGAAUUUGUUUUUUAGAAACUGGUUUGGCAAAGUGCUUUUUUUUUUCUGUGCCUGUGUAUUUAUCGUUGGUGGCCUCAUCAGACUGCACGCUGAACAACGUAAAUAAGGGAAGGAGUCUCUGCGAGCCCAUAUGGGACGUGGGAAUAUACGAAAGUAGACUUGGAAGUUAGCCCAACAUUCAAGUCAUCAAAUUUGCCGAGACACGCCAUGUGCAGUUCAGAUGACAGUGGAAUUUAAGACGAGGGAAGUGAUCAGAAAGGUAGAUCCACUUCCAGCAGCGCAUGGGAUAGUACAGUUCUGCUGCUGGAGGUGAUUGCUAAUAAAAUUGAUGCCAAUUUGCCACCGAUUUGUCAUAUCGUAAUAUACUCGACCCUGCUCUUUCAAGCGGCCUCCGGACCUAAUAGGGACAUCGACAGUAAAAGACUCGGGAAAAAAAAGAAAGUGGAGUACCAGCUCCUUUAGUGCCCGUGAUUGGACGACUGUAAUUUCAUCAGGCUUCUGGUUAAUUAUAAUUAAAUAUCAGACUGACUUUGCCGUGAAAGGACUAUCAACGUCUCUAAAGUUUGGAGGAGUCUUUCUUUUAGACUUCUAGCUUAUUUUGCACAGUGCUGGGGCUACAAAAUGCUUUGUGCCACAUCAGCAGAUACAGAGCCUGAUGAUUCUGCAUCAUUUUACAACUUUAAUGAUUGCAACCAAUCGUCAAAUAUAAUUCAACCAAUAGGUAUUCAUCACCAUGAAGCGCAGACAUGUUCCACAAUAUUUUCAUCGCCGCACCCACUGCAGGCUUCGAAUGUCCAAGCGUCAAAGUAUAGUCUAGUAGGUGCUCCUAAACCAUUUGAAUGUCCUAGUAUUCAAAUCACCUCCAUCUCUCCCAAUUGUCCACAAGGAAUAGGACCUAAUGAAGAAGUGCAUGCAAAUGGCACAGAUAAUGACUAUUUGGACAGACCAUCCAGGGACCAUCUCUACCUUCCUCUUGAUCCUUCUUAUUACAGGGAUGCAUCGCUAAGUCCAAGUCCUGCUAGCAGCAUUUCUUCCAGGAGUUGGUUUUCAGAUGCUUCAUCUUGUGAAUCUUUCUCUCACGUAUAUGAUGAUGUAGACGCUGAGUUGAAUGAAGCUGCUGCUCGAUUUACACUCGGUUCUUCUCCUAGUGGAUCACCUAGAUGUUGUCCAACAGAUGAGUCGUGGCAUCCAAAUUAUGCUUUUGUAAAUUCGGUAUCGCCUAGACAAUCACCUUGCCAUUCACCUAGAGCUAGUGUUACUGAUGAAAACUGGCUCAGCCCUCGUCCAACAUCAAGACCAUCAUCCAGACCCACUUCUCCCUGGGGAAAGCGCCGGCAUUCAAGUGCAGAGGUCUGCUAUGCAGGCUCACUUUCACCCCACCAUUCACCCACACCGUCUCCUGGUCACUCUCCAAGGGGAAGUAUCACAGAGGAUACCUGGCUGAAUAACACUCUUCUUCAUGGUGCCUCCAGUCUAAGUCCUGGGCUCAUUCCAUUUCAGUGUUGCCCUCCAGAGACUGACAUACCUUUAAAAUCGAGGAAGACCUCCCAGGAUCAGGCUGCUACUGUGUCAGGGAAAAUAGAUUUGACUUCAGAUGAUCAGGGAAGAUUAUCACCUUCAGUUGAAUCUCCAGUAGAUGAUCUGUCUGGGACUCUACAUCCUUUAAAGAAAGAUUUGUUAAGUGAACAGUUUCUUUCUGUUCCCUCACAUUUUACUUGGAACAAACCAAAACCUGGUGGCCAUACACCAAUUUUUCGUACAUCAUCGUUGCCUUCCUUAGAUUGGCCUUUGCCAAGUCAGUAUAUGCAGUAUGAUCUAAAGAUUGAAAUGCAGCCGAAGACUCAUCACAGGGCUCACUAUGAGACAGAAGGGAGUCGAGGAGCAGUGAAGUCGUCUUCAGGUGGACACCCGGUUGUUAAGCUUCAAGGUUACAAUGAAAAGCCAAUCAACCUGCAGAUGUUCAUUGGAACUGCUGAUGAUCGCUAUUUAAGACCACAUGCAUUCUACCAGGUGCACAGAAUUACAGGAAAGACUGUUGCCACAGCUAGUCAGGAGAUCAUAGUUACCAGCACAAAGGUUCUUGAAAUUCCACUUCUACCUGAAAACAAUAUGAUUGCCAGCAUUGACUGUGCAGGAAUUUUGAAACUUCGCAACUCUGAUAUAGAACUUCGCAAAGGAGAAACUGAUAUUGGCAGAAAAAAUACAAGGGUUCGCCUUGUUUUCCGUGUGCAUAUCCCACAGCCCAAUGGGAAAGUUGUCUCGCUGCAGGCAUCUUCCAUUCCUGUUGAAUGCUCCCAACGAUCUGCCCAGGAACUCCCUCAGAUUGAAAAGUACAGCAUCAAUUCAUGUUCCGUCACUGGUGGAGAAGAAAUGAUUGUCAAUGGUUUCAAUUUUCUUCCGGAGUCUAAGGUUAUCUUCCUUGAAAAGGGCCCAGAUGGACGUCCUCAGUGGGAGGUCGAAGGCAAAAUUCUCAGGGAGAAAUUUCAAGGGGUUAAUCUUGUUGUUGAAGUUCCUCCUUACCAUAAUAAAAAUGUUACAUCUGCAGUUCAAGUACAAUUUUAUGUUUGCAAUGGGAAGAGAAAAAGAAGUCAGUCCCAACGCUUCUCUUACAUGCCAGUUUUAAUCAAGCGGGAACAUAACGAUGAGCUGGAAAUGCCCACGAUUCCUACUCUUCCAUUGCCUAUUGCACAUACAGCUAAUAUGUCUGGUCUACAUCAAGUUGGAUCUCAGCUGCCUUCAGCGGAUACUGGACACCAUGAAAAUUUGACAUCUGCUUCACAGAGGAACCUUGGACCUCCACUGCAGCAAACAUAUGUAUCGAUGAUUUCUCCAUCAGUACCAUGUUUGCCGCAUCUGCCAUCAAGAAGCAUUAGCCCGGGUACUGAAUGCCCUAUCAUGGCUCCCUUGGGGCACCAGUCUUUCCCAAAACCAGCUCCACCUCUUGGGCCUUCUUACCAGCCUAUGCAAUCUAACAUGAUGUAUAAUGGACAACCAGGUCUUCCCAUGAAUUCUGUUUCUAGCCAGGGAUAUGAAAGAAUAUCUUAUCAGCCUGAUGUAGUUGGUCCACUUCAAAUGAACCUGGGAUGUCAACAAAUGCAACAAAUGUACUGUUCUCCAAACCCAGGCCCAGCCUCAUCGCCAUCCCCAACAGCAACUCAUCCUUUGGGACAUUCGCCACACUCUGGACAAUCUUCACCACAGCUACACAAUCUAUCAGGGCCCCCUCCACUGACGCAUCACAAUGUGUGUAAUCCUUCCCCAUUUUCAACACCAGAGAGAGCUUCGCUGAACAUUAAACAAGAGCCAGAGGACAAUGAGCUACCUUUCCAGACCAUUGGACUGCAGGAUAUAACACUUGAUGAUGUGAAUGAAAUAAUUGGAAGAGACAUGUCGCAGAUUCCAUCUUCUCGUGCAACAGCACAGUGUGCCUGCCCUGGAGCUUUGGAAAAUGAGAUACUCGAUGGUGUGUAACGUCAACUACAAACAGCACACAUUUAAUAGUCUUGCUGAUCUUCAUCAAGUUGUUGCCCGGCAUCAAUCUCACCCUCACCCCCAACUUUAAGAUUUGCUGUGCUUCCAACAUUGUGGCCUUUUAUAAACUGGAACAGUUGAUCCUGGCGUAGUUCUACAAGGGGUGCUGCAGUUCUGUACUGUCAUUGAACCAUAUCGUGUCAGUCCUGCAUUGUAAUGUUCCAUAAAUGCUGUCUUCUGUUUCCUGCAUUUCACAGCAGUGGGAAAAAUAAUUCUGAAAAAGCAUUUAGGCGACUUUAACAACACUUUGAGAGCCAGCUCUCCCAAAGUAGAUUAAUUCAAGUAAUAUGCUGUAUAUGGAGAAUGUUGUACUACAUUUAAGGUGAUUUGUAUCUGCUGUGGUACCUACCUUAUAUUACACACAGUUUAAGCUAAAAUGGGGUCUAGUGAGGUCUGUGGUUUGGUGUUAAUAUAAAUAGAUGGUAAAGGAAUUGUUGAAAGUAGUGACAUCUGCAUUUUGUCAUUCUGAAGUGCUUGUGGGUUUCUUGAGAAUGGGAACUUCCAGAGACAAGAAAACCUGCCCGGUGUAGUUAACAUCAUGAAACCAUCAAUGUAAAAACGACUAACAACUUAUCUGUUAAUAGGAAGCAAAGCCAAAUGUACUAUUGCAUUUGUUUAUAAACUUAAAUUGGUAUCUUAUAGAUUUAACAGUCCAUUCCAUCAUGGAAGUAUGUGGUCAGGAUGGGGAGGGAGGGUGGGGGAACCUAACAUUCCAAAUUCAAGGAGUUUUUUUGCAACUUUAGAUGUUCAGGAUAGCACAAAUACAAGCGCCUUACUAAUUUAGCUUUUAGAGUUUGUCAAAAAAUAGAGUUAAUGCAUUUUGUAAUAGGACCUAUGGAAUAAAUGCCUUUUACUAUGUCACAGGAUUUAAGUUGAAGCCAUCAAAUUUAAGUUAAAUGACAACAGUUUGCAGAAGAUUUCAAGUGGUUUUGAAGUGUUUUAGUCAUUUGCAGUAGCCCAUGUGUCUCAUGAAUCUCCACUGGCUGAGUUUAACCUGCAGGUCCCUUUUAAAAAAAAAUAAAAAUAAAAUAAGGAGUCAUCCAUGCAAUAUGGGGAUGAUGGGGGAGAUACUAGUCCAUGCAGUACUACACCAUUUCAUACAGCAGCACUGGUAAUUGAGCUUUUAUACUUAUUUAGGAUUGUUUAAAUCAGAUAUAUUCUGGUUUGCAUCUUAAAUAAUUAUUGAUGGAGCUAUAAUUCAUGACGUUGUAUUUGGUAAAAUGGAAGUAAAAUUGAGAAACAAAUUGACCUGAAUUUUAGGUUGUAAUGGUGAUGGAAUUAUCAGCGCUCACUGUCUUAGCACCGGAAAACUGACAGCAAAUCCGUGUUUAAUGCAGGAAAGGUGCUGUCAUUUGAUUCGGCCUUCCCUGCAGUUGCUGUGUAUUGUACCACCAGAAUUGUGGGAAAUUGGUUGAAUUUAGAGUACGGUAUCUAAGCUAUUUUCAAGCUCACUGAAAAUACUUUUGCUUUAUUAAGGUCAAAAUGUGUUGUUAAUUAUUAAAGGAUAAUGAUAGUUUAACAAACUUUCUGGCCCCAAAAUUAAAUCCCUCGUAUAAAUAGUCAAAAUAUUAGUGGAUUUUAAAAUAUUUAUUUUUUAAGAUAUUUAUAUUUCAGCUAUUACCAUAAUCAUUUGUGCAAGUUCCGAUCUCUAUUUUUCCAAAUGAAUUGUUUAGAAAUGUUUUGCUAAAUAUUGUGAAAGUGUCUUUUUCCUUUUUGGUUGGCUGUCAAAGAGAUUGUUUUAAUGUGAUUGAGCUGACCAACCAGCUUGAUGUAGUGAUGUUCAAGAAGGAACUGCAGAUGCUGGAAAAUCGAAGGUAGACAAAAUUGCUGGAGAAACUCAGCGGGUGCGGCAGCAUCUAUGGAGCGAAGGAAAAGUGAUGGUAGCUGGAUCAUGUUGAAUUGAUGUAGUGAUGGUAGCUGGAUCAUGUUGAACUGAUGUGUGACAGCAUUCAACAUCAGAAAGGGAAAAACAUCCCACUGCCCUGCAAAUCUCAUUCCCCCCCCCCCCCCCCCCCAUCCCCAAGAAACUGCUGGAUCUUUGAGGACAGCUCUUUUUGAGAUCAAUAGCAAGUGCCAUCACUUCACCAGUAAGUUCAAAAUCUGGGCCUAGUUUUUUCCCCUCAGUGAAACUGCAGCAUUCGAAGAACGGGCGAGUAGAGUAGAAGUUCUGUUUGUCUAACUCCAUAGCAACCCGAAUCAUCACCUUCUUAAAAACAACGCAGAAGUCACAGGUGCAGAAUACCACUUUAAAAAACAAAUUUUAAAGGUGAAAUUCAAAUGAAGCAGCUCCACCAUUGGUCCAUUCUGUAUUUAUGUUUUAUAUAAUAUUCAGACUUUGUAAAAUAAAACAAAUACAAAGAAACAGAAUUAUGUAAUAUAGAAAAUGAAACAACGGUUGCUGUCAUUCCUGUCAGCACAAUAAUUUGUUCUUUUGUAGGCUUGGAAUGUUAAGGAAAUUAUGAUAAAUGGAAACAAAGUGUUUCCUACAAAAAAAUGUUAAUUAACUACCCACCCCAGAAAAAGACAAAUCGAUGGACAAUUCCAAUUACUAUGAGACUCGUAAAAAGCCCCAUACGUAAUUAAUAGGGAGUUAUUUGUUUUGAGUUUUUUUUUAACGUUUGGUGUUGGUCUUCUAACUGCCAAAUUGCAAUUUCACAUUCAAUAGUAUGAAGUAGUUAAUGGAGCAGGAUCACAUUUUGAUGCCCCUGCUCUGAGUAUUAGGAAGCUCUGACCUGAGUAUCGUUCUUACCGUUAGAAUGCGCUUAUGCAUUAGGGAAAGGUUCGGUUGUUUUCCCUCUCCCUAUACUGAACCACUAGCAUAAUUGUCGGGUUUGGUUUAUUUCACAUUAUAUGUAGCACUUAUUGCAUAAAGUAAUCUAUGAUGACUUGUACUGUUUUCCAGCCUUGCCUUUUAACCUUGGAUAUCAUAGCAUGUGGAAUUUGCAAUGAUUGACAUACCAUGUGAGUUGUCUUUGCAAAUUCUCCUACGUGACUUGUGAAGUUGUACUAUACUAGUGUAUGGAAGAUACCCAGAAAAUCCUAUGCACUCAACCUUCCAUUGCCUUCAAAUUACCUUAACGCCUGAAGACAUAGAAAUUCUAGAACUGCUUUAAAAAGCUUGUAGCUGUGGAUAUCCACUUUUUCCCUAUAUAUAUAGAUAUGGAUAUAUAUAUAUAGAUAUGGAUAUAUAUAUAUAUAUAUAUAUAUCUGCUUUGUCGAGGAUUACAUACAACAGGUCUUAAUAAAACAGCAUUUUGUGGGUUUAUUUCUUUAAUAAGUAUGUAGAGAGAAACAACUUCAUGAAACUUGUUUUGUUUUAACUGAUUGUCAUAAAAGCACAGACUUUAGGCUAUGCAAAUUCAGCUUUGUUAACAGCACAGUGGAGUUUUGGCCUGUUGGUAUUUCCAAAAAAAAAGCUGAUAUAUAUGGUGCCCUCUGCGCUGACUGGAUGUGUAUUUAAUUUUUAAAAACACUCGUAGAACUUUUGGAAAACUAUAGGGAAAGCCUUAACACUUUAUUCAAAUGCUACAAAAAUCUGUAAAUUUCAAAGAACUGUGGUUGUAUUUUAGUAAAAUAAACUACAUUAUGGGUACUAGAUUAUAAUUGUGUUAGUUAUAAAAAGGAUGGAAUGGGGAUUGUAUAAUUUGGAACUGAAACUAGCUUCAGUGCAAUUAUGUUCAUCCUUUGGAAAACAUUACUGUGUCAAUGGAACUGCCAUCCUUUUUUUAACCAAAGAAUAAAACUUUCACUUGCUGGUGUGAACACUUGCUUUAAAACUCUAUUUUUGAUACUCAAAACAGAUGUCAUUCCUAAUGGUCGAUUUAUUCAACAAUUGUAUGUUUUGUAGAAGGAGUUGAGGAAACUACUACAGGCUACGUCAGCUGUUUUGCAGAUGUUUACAGAGCCUUGUAAUUUCAUGUACAUUUUGUAUUUUUAAAUUUUGUAAGGAAUUUUAAGAUUGCUGUGCUGUUGAGAGACAUACAAAUGAAAGAACUUACUCCUAGGCUCUUAAGUCAUAGUGUUUAAAUAAAAUGUAAGAUGUGUAA